UCCGGCCGCAAGUUCGGUGGCUUGCGGGAGUAAAAGAGGCGCGGAAGCUUUGCGGUAGGCUUCUUGGGAGACGGACGAGGGUGUCCCAUCGGUGGGCGGAUCAUGGCCCAACUGCCGGUGAAGAAACGGCGCCCCCCUCGGGCCGAGCCGGGUCAGCCAGCUAACUCCGAGCACCCGGUGCGUUUCCCUGAAGUGGUGCUCGGCCUGGUUGAGAAGCGGAUGGGCUCCAGCCGGAAAACGUUCCUCACCUCCUUGGCUCGCAGCAGAGGCUUCUGGGUAGAUGAUCCUUGCUGUGAGAAAGUGACUCACGUUGUGUCCGAAGGCAAUUCUGGAGAGGAAGUGGUUGAGUGGCUGAAGAAGAAUGGGAGGCCGCCUGCCAACGCUGGAGGGGAUGGGCCGGCUCUGCUGGACUUCAGCUGGUUCACGGAGAGCAUGAGCGCCGGGCGGCCCGUUGAGAUUGAACCCAGGCACCGCCUGAAGGUGGCCACUCCUGCAGAGCCGCCAGAGGAGAAGGUCCAGGUACCUCCCUACAUCUGCCAGAGACGGACUCCGCUGCUGCACCCCAACUCCGCGCUCACGGAGGCCCUAGAAACCAUGGCGGAAGAGGCCAAAUUCGCCGGGAGCGAGGUUCGCAGCUUGGCCUUUUCCAGGGCGGCUUCGGUGCUUAAGGCCCUCCCCGGGAAGGUCCGCAGAAUCCAGCAGCUCCACACGGUGCCCUGCAUUGGAGAGCAUUCGCGGAGAAUUGUCCAGGAAAUGCUGGAAGACGGGAUGUCUUCAGAAGUGGAGAAAGUCAGACACUCGGAGAGAUACCAGACGAUGAAGCUUUUCACGAAGAUCUUUGGAGUUGGGGUAAAGAUAGCCAGCCAGUGGUACCAGGAAGGGCUGAGGACCCUGGCUGACUUACAGCUGCACCAAAUAAAACUGAACAAAGAACAACAGGCAGGACUUCUUUAUUAUGAAGAUCUCAAUACCCCCGUGGAGCUCUUGGAAGCCAAGGCCAUCAGCCAGGUGGUGCUCCAGGUGAUUGAGCAGAUUUUGCCUGGGGCGACAGUCACUCUGACCGGAGGAUUUAGGAGAGGGAAGCCGUGUGGCCAUGAUGUGGACCUGCUCAUCACCCAUCCUUCCGAAGGUGAAGAAAUGGGACUCCUGCCCAAAAUCAUCAGUAACCUGGAUAGGCAGGGCUUCUUGCUGUAUCACAGUUUCCACCGAAGUAGCUUGCUCUCCCUGGAAGACGAAGAGCUGUGGGUUAGCGGCGGUUCGAGCACCAUGGACCACUUCGAACGCUGCCUUUCCAUCUUCCGCCUCGGGGACCCUGCUGGGAGCCCUCCAGGGAGCGCUGGGGUUCGGACGCUCGGCACCUCGGUGGGGCCUGGCACCUCCUGCCCCCAGAAAGCUGUGCGGGUGGACUUGGUUGUGACUCCGUACAACCAGUUUCCAUUUGCUUUGCUUGGCUGGACCGGCUCGCGGAAUUUUGAACGAGACCUCCGCCGUUUCUCUAAGAAGGAGAAAAAGAUGACUCUCAACAGCCAUGGCCUCUAUCACCUGGAGCAGAAAACUUUACUGCCCGCUGCCUCCGAGGAAGAGAUUUUCCAGCAUUUAGGACUGGAGUAUAUCUUGCCUGAAGAGAGAAAUGCUUGAGCCGUUGUUGUGCAAAGUGCGUGUUUUUCACCCUACGGAAUUCACAAAUGAAUGAGAAUCAGCCAGGUUACAUUUCAUAUACCUUUCACUCGUAUGUGUGUGUGUGUGUGUGUGUGUGAUCUAAUACAUAAUGCAUUUCUGGGUUGUGUCAAUGGGACUUUAGGAAAUAUAUCACUUUUUUUCAUACUCUGUUGGUUUCGGUUUUGAUUCCCUUCCCCCCACUUAAGAUGGCAA